GACAAGAUCAGAGCGUCAUGGCAGAGAGCACAAGUCCAAAAGGCACUUCUGGAGACUUUGCUAAAAAAGUCCAAAGACAGCUGAGUAGGAGCAAAGAAAAGGUACUGCAAAAGUUGGGAAAGGCUGUGGAGACCAGAGAUGAGCAGUUUGACCUUUGUCUCCUCCUCUUUAAUGACCAACAGACUGAUGGGAACAGAAUCUACAAGGACCUGAAGAACUACCUCAGUGCAGUCAGAGAAAUGCAGGAGGCUUCCAGACGUUUGUCCCAGUCUCUGUUUGAUGCUUAUGAAUCCAGCUGGGCUGGAGAGGAAGACCUGGGAGCCAUCGUAGAGGGGGAGGACCUCCUGUGGAAUGAUUAUGAGGUGAAGCUAUUAGACCAGGCUGUACGCACCAUGGAGUCCUACGUGGACCAAUUUCCAGAUGUCCGGGAGAAAGUUGCCAAGAGAGGGAGAAAACUGGUGGACUAUGACUCUUCCCGUCACCACCUGGAUGCAGUGAAAAAUGCUAAGAAGAGAGAUGACAUCAACAUAAACAAGGCAGAGGAAGAGGUGAAGGCUGCCAGACGUGUCUAUGAGAGCAUCAACAGGGAGCUAAAAGAGGAACUUCCUGUGCUCUAUGAGAGCCGUAUCGGAUGCUAUGUGACCGUCUUCUCUGCAGUCUCAAACUUACGGGACAUCUUCUUUCAGGAAAUGUGUAAGCUGAACCACGAUCUUCAUUGUGUGAUAAAGGAGCUUCAGGCUCAGCAUCCAGGCACAGUGUUUGCUGUGAAAGGGUUACAACGGUAUGGCUCACUGAGGAGACGGACUCUAUUGUCCCCAAAAUCAUGGAAAGGCAGCUUUUCUGAUUUCCACCGAAAUUACAGCCUGCGAGCAUCCUACAGGUUUAAUUUCAGGUCCCCGGAGAAACCUCGACACAGAACCCUGUCCAGAGAGAGCAGCAGCAGCCUUGUGGUCUCCCCACCAUCUCGUCCUCUGGAGGGUUCCUCCUCAGAGCUCAGGGAUCCCGAGUCUCCAUCGAGCCAGAGCAAGAUCCAGAGUUCUGCUGCAGAAGAAGAAACUGCAGCAGCAGGGACCGCUGAGGAAGACGUGAAGUCAGGAGAAGAAAGCAAUCAAGUGGAAGAAGAAAAGAGCUUGAAAGAGGGAGAAGCUGAGCCAGAACCUCCUGCAGGAUCAGAUCUGAAAGGGGACUGUGAGAAGGAGCCACCAAGUGAGAGCAGCUCAGAACUGAGCAACUCUUGCGAUUCAGAGAGUUUGGAGUUGCAGCUGUCUGGAGUAAACGGCGGCACGCUGCACAUCGAAGAAAGAGACGAUGGCCCUGCAGCUCCUGACAGCCCCGAACCAAAAGCUCUGGAGAAUGGAGAAGUCUCUGCUUCCAACAAGAACAACAGUGUUCUUCAUACAAAUGCUGUUGCAGAAAAAUGUCCACCGGUGGACUCAAAAAGCACAGAUGUGUAAUUAUUCCACCUACCACAUCAG